AUGUAUCAAAAAGCAGUGCAGCUGGCCAGGACCAUUGAUGUUGUCCCUGUGAAGAAGAGAAUAGCAGUAAAACAACAACAUAGAGACAAUGUACCUGCAGAAUCAGUUGGAGAGCAUUUUAGACUGAAUUUAUUUCUUCCCUUCAUUGACCAUGUUACCACAGAACUGAGGACCCGAUUUGCCGAAUCCAAUGAACCGGCCCUGCUUGCAGCCUUCUUAGUGCCCAAAGCUCUGCCACAGCUGAGUGAAGAGAAAGAGGACCUUCUCUUGUCAUGGUACAAAGAGGACCUGCCUCAACCUGAUGCUGCAAAGCAGGAAAUACACAGAUGGAAGCAUUGUUUCCAGAACUUCACUGAUCCACUCCCGGAAAUUGCACAGGAAACAUUGCAGAACAUGGAUUUCUAUUCUAACAUACAAUGCAUCCUUUGCAUCUACCUGACGUUGCCAGUCACCACUUGCUCUUGCGAAAGGUCUUUUUCAGCAUUACGUCAUCUCAAAACCUGGCUUCAAUCUACUACAGGUGAUGAGAGGCUGUCUGGUCUUGCUCUCAUGAAUGUCCACAGAAACAUGGAAGUGGAUCCCAAAAGGGUCCUGCAAAGGUGGAAUGCUUCUGGCCACAGAAGAAUAGUUACUUGUUUUGAUAAAAGUUAGUGGUGAGAACCCAAAUCCAUUUCAGAGGAUGCAUAAAAUACACAUGGAUCUACACCGUUUAAGAGGUUGUACAAGAAGCCACAACUGCCUAUAGGUUAUAGUUCAACCAUUUACAGCCAGAUACAGGAAAACACACAUACACACACACAAGGUGCACAGUUUGCACAUGUUAUUAUUAAAAAUAAAUAUGUUGUCAGCCAAAUUUAUUUCUCAAGUGUCAUUUUUUUGGGGGUUGGUGUCCUCGGUAUUUGAAAAAUCCUGGCUACGGCCUUGGUGACCACUUUGA